AUGAAUAACCCCUUUGAAGAUGAUGAAAAUGGUCAUCAAUCAAAUCAAUCUAAUUUUUCAAUUCCAAAAGUACCAUUUUCAGCAUAUACAAAUAAUUAUAAAAAAUCAAAAAGGUAUGAGCCAUUAGAUGAUAGUGAUGAUGAAGAAUUUAAUCAAGUAUACAAACACAACAACAAAACUAAACAAAAUGAAGAAUUUGUAGGAUUUCCUACGUCAGAAAUUGGAUAUCAAAAUCAUAAUAGUAAUAAACUGUCUCCAAAUAUUUUCUCAAAAAGUACAUCUAAAGCAAACAAUUAUAAAAAUUCACCCUUUAUAGGAACUACUCCAAUUUUGGAAUUUAAUGGAUUAAACAAUCAUAAUAACAAUUUAGAUUCAACGCCGAGAGCUCAGUAUGCAUCAAAAGAAUCACCCAAAAGAAUAAGAAAUACUGAAGUAUCAAUUAACAACUUAAAUGAAGAUCAUCAAGAAUACGAAUCAACUCUUAAUGGGUCACCAAUAAGAAAUUCAUUACAAGAAAGUACAAUUAGUAGUCAAAGAUAUUUAGAUCCACCAAAACCAAUUUUUUCACCAGAAACAUUUGAAAAAUCUAAUAAUAACGAUGAUCAAAAUACAUUAAAUGAACAUUAUAUAAACAACCAAGAAUUGGAUGAAAAACUAUAUGGACACGCUGAAUCAAAAUCAUUAUAUUCAGAAUCAACAGCAUAUAGUGGUAGUUCUUACCUAUCUAAUCCAACUGAUGAAUCACAAUAUUUUGGACAAUCCAUAGAUGGAAAUAUAAUGCAAAAUGUAGAGCAUAAUAUAGAGGAAGGUUAUGUACCAAAUAGAAACAAAUUUUUAACAAAAAGAAAAGUUCGGAUAGUUGGUGGUAAAACUGGAAAUUUAGUAUUGGAAAAUCCUAUACCUAAUGAACUAAGAAAAGUUUUAACAAGAACUGAAUCACCAUUUGGAGAAUUUACAAAUAUGACAUAUACUGCAUGUACUUCAAAUCCAGAUAAUUUUGUUGAAGAUGGGUUCACAUUAAGAGCUGCAAAAUAUGGUAGAGAAACUGAGAUUGUUAUUUGUAUUACGAUGUAUAAUGAAGAUGAAUUUGCAUUUGCAAGAACAAUGCAUGGGGUUAUGAAAAAUGUUGCUCAUUUGUGUUCAAGACAUAAAUCAAAAGUUUGGGGAAAAGAUAGUUGGAAGAAAAUUCAAGUUAUAAUAGUUGCUGAUGGUAGAAAUAAAGUUAAUGAUUCUGUAUUAGAACUAUUAACGGCAACUGGUUGUUAUCAAGAUAAUUUAUCACGUCCUUAUGUAAAUAAUAAUAAAGUUAAUGCUCAUCUUUUUGAAUAUACUACACAAAUAUCAAUUGAUGAAAAUUUAAAAUUUAAAGGUGAUGAAAAAAAUUUAGCUCCAGUGCAAGUAUUAUUUUGUUUAAAAGAACAAAAUCAAAAAAAAAUAAAUUCACACAGAUGGUUAUUUAAUGCAUUUUGUCCAGUUUUAGAUCCAAAUGUGAUAAUCUUAUUAGAUGUAGGUACCAAACCAGAUAAUCAUGCAAUUUAUAAUUUAUGGAAGGCUUUUGAUAAAGAUUCAAAUGUUGCUGGAGCAGCAGGAGAAAUUAAAGCUAUUAAAGGUAAAGGUUGGAUAAACUUAACAAAUCCAUUAGUUGCUUCUCAAAAUUUUGAAUAUAAAUUAUCAAAUAUAUUGGAUAAACCAUUAGAAUCAUUAUUUGGUUAUAUUUCAGUUUUACCAGGUGCUUUAUCAGCUUAUCGUUAUAUUGCAUUAAAAAAUCAUGAAGAUGGAACUGGUCCAUUAGCAUCAUAUUUUAAAGGUGAAGAUCUAUUAAAAUCUCAUGAAAAAGACAAAGAAAAUACUAAAACCAAUUUUUUUGAAGCAAAUAUGUAUUUAGCGGAAGAUCGUAUAUUAUGUUGGGAAUUAGUUUCUAAAAAAAAUGAUAAUUGGGUUUUAAAAUUUGUUAAGCUGGCAACUGGAGAAACUGAUGUACCAGAAACAAUUUCAGAAUUUUUAGCACAAAGAAGACGUUGGAUAAAUGGUGCAUUUUUUGCUGCUUUGUAUUCGUUAUAUCACUCAAAUAAAAUUUGGUAUACUGAUCACUCUUAUGCAAGAAAAUUUUGGCUUCAAGUUGAAUUUAUAUAUCAAACAAUUACCUUGGUUUUUUCAUUCUUUUCAUUAAGUAAUUUUUAUUUAACAUUUUAUUUUUUAACUGGUUCACUUGUUCAUUAUAAAAACAUUGGUCAUAAUGGAGGAUUUUGGAUUUUUACAUUAUUCAACUACUUAUGUAUUUGUGUUUUAACAUCAUUAUUUAUUGUUUCAAUUGGUAAUAGACCACAUGCAUCUAAGAAUAUUUUCAAAGCUUUAAUUAUUUUAUUAACUAUUUGUGCAUUAUAUGCUUUAAUUGUUGGUCUUGUAUUUGUCAUCACAACAAUCCAACAAUUUGGAGUUGAUGGUGGUACUUCAACAUAUGUAUUAAUCAGUAUUGUGGUAUCUUUGCUUUCAACUUAUGGAUUAUACACCCUAAUGUCUUUCUUAUACUUGGAUCCUUGGCAUAUGUUUACUUGUCUGUUACAGUAUUUUUUAAUGAUUCCUUCAUAUACUUGUACAUUACAAAUAUUUGCAUUUUGUAAUACUCAUGAUGUUUCUUGGGGUACAAAAGGUGAUAAUAAUCCACAAGAAGAUAAGUCAAAUCAGUAUAUUAUUGAACAAAAUGAUGAAGGUGAAUAUGAAGCAAUUGUAAUGGAUGUAAAUAUUGAUGAAGUUUAUCUUGAGUCACUUUAUAAUAUUCGUGCUAAAAGAUCUGGUAAAAAGAUGAAACCAACAAAAAAGCCAAGAGCUGUACUAGAUGGUGAUGAUUAUGCCAAAGAUGUACGUACAAGAGUAGUUUUAUCCUGGCUAAUUGCAAAUUUAGUCUUUAUAAUGACUAUGGUACAAGUAUAUAAACCAGGAGAUACAGCAAAAAAUAUUUAUUUGGCAUUUAUAUUAUGGACUGUUGCAAUACUAUCUUUGUUCAGAGCUUUGGGAUCUUUGGGAUAUUUAAUUCAAAAUUAUGCAAGAAGUAUUGUGGAAGUGAAAAGUAAAUGGGUCAGUAAAAGACAAGGAUAUACUGUACCGUCUCAUAAUAUAAUGAAUUAA